AUGUUCGCAGCCGUCGUCUCUCCCCUCGGGCUGCUGCUGUCUCUGUCCCUGUUUCUGGCCGUCGACGGAUUGCUGCAAUGCCCUGACCCUCCCGGAUGGCAGGUGCUUGCGGAAGGUGGUGGCACGGGCAAUAGAUGGAAGAUUCCCGGUGAUUUGACCCUGAUCCGGACGCCGCUGAAGAAGGAGGACGGAUCGGCCAAUGGAACCUGGACUCACAUCGCCUUCAACUUCACCGUCACGAGCGCCUUCGACAGCGAGAUCAUGCCAUGCCACGGCGAGACGAUAACCGAGACCCCCGGUAACCAGACGGACAGCAACCCGGGCGAGGGAUAUAUCCACGGCACGUGCGACUACGCCGGGACCGUCAUGGGUGCCGUGGAUACGGCAUUCGAGUACAAUCUGGACUACCGGGUUGCCGACAUGUACAUCUACCAGGAUUUCACCUGCAACAGAACCGCAAAGGGCCGGCCUUGGCGCGUCCACGCCGACUGCGUGAACAAGACAAUCGACAUAUACUGCGACGACGAUGGCGUGACCUGCGGCUCUCCGUACCCGUUCGACUUCGGGGUGUACUACGUGCCGCUGUUCCCGCCGCCGCCGCUGACCAACUGCUCAGCGGGCGCGCUGGCGGGCGACGUGCCCUUCAUCGUGCGCAACAUCAGCUACAACUCGGUGCAGAGCUCCGAGAUGGCGCCCGUGCUGGGUGCCGCGUACGUCGACCUGAGCAUGCCGCUGAUCGACUUCACCAUGCGCUGCCUGCCAUCGGGCGACGAGAUGGCCUGGACCUACAACGGCACCAGCGACACGUGGUACGACUGCAAGGCAGACUUCACAAACCCCCCGGACAUGCCCAACACGUGGAUCAAGUUCAACCACACCACCUUUGAGGUCACCCUUGUGCAGGAGUUCAAGUGCGAAGAUGGCGACAAGCCACAAUACGUAACCGCCCGCGGUGCGGCCCUGAUCCCCCGCGAGUGCGCCAUCACGUACGACGGGCAGGACUGCUGGAGCACCGAGGUGGCGACCAUCCGGGCGACCGACGUGACGUCGAGCGACACGCAGCCGGCGGCCGACGCGCUGCCCCCCAUGCUCUUCUCGCACGCCGGCGCCGGCGCCUCCGUUGCGGCCGCCUCGGACCGCGACGCUGCGACGCAGAGGCUGGUGCUGGAUAUGCUUGUUGGCAAGGGUGUCCUGAGUAAGGAGAACGUGAGGCCUGAUCGGUUGCCGGCUAUGCUGGGGGAUCCGAUUUGA